CAUGGAAAGUCUUCAUCGUAGAUGGCAGUUGCUUCUUGUGGCGAUAGUUUUCUGUCUGUGUCAUGUAGAAUCUAAGCCCAGCCAAGUGGAACGCAUUAUCAAUGGUCAAAAUGCAAGACCCAAACAAUUUCCUUAUCAAGUCAUUUAUGAUAUUGAAAUAAAUAAACACUGGAUAACGAUGUGUGGUGGAACUAUAAUCGGUAAGAGGACGAUUCUUACAGCAGCUCAUUGCUUGGAUGGGACGCGUGGCGAAAUCCAAAGAAUAAAAAUUUACCUUGGAGCCGUGGAUAAAAGUAAUAGCACAGAAACUGGACAACAAAUUGUGAUCGUGGAAGCUGGCAGUUAUGUGAUUCAUGAAGAGUGGGAUCUGUGUGAAAUUAUCAAUGAUAUUGCUUUAAUCAAACUACCAACUGAUCUGGAGUUCAACCAGUAUAUUCAACCAGCUAAAUUGCCAGAACCCAAGAGCCUUCAUGCAGACACAAAUGCUAUUGUGUCCGGUUGGGGUCUAGUAAAUGGUCAUACAUCUACUCAGCAUUUGCAGUAUGCGAGCGUAAAAACUAUAUCCAAUAAGCUAUGUGAGUCCUUAAAAGAUUCAAACAAAAAGUUUUAUUCACAUUGGCUAUGCGUCGCACCAAGUAAGAGUGUUACGUGUUCUGGAGACUCUGGUGGUCCACUGGUAGAAAAAAACUCUGAUGGCUCUAGCACUGUGAUUGGUAUCGUAUCGUUUGGAGUAGAGGGUUGCCCUAUUAAUACCCUGAGAUUUUUUACUCGUGUUUCAUAUUUUCUAACCUGGAUCGCUCAACAUAGUAAUGAGCCAUAAAAUAACUUAACAAAAAUCAUGAAUAUAUAAUAUAUACAAAAUAUGAACAUUAACAUUUAA